AUACCGUCGAAAAAACCGUUUAAAUGCGAUAUCUGUAAAAAAACCUUCAUUCAAAAAACUGAUCUCAAGAAACAUACCCGGAUACAUACCGGCGAGAAACCUUUUAAGUGCGAUGUCUGUGAAAAAACAUUCAGUCUACAACAAAGUCUUAAAAGACAUGAAAGGAUACAUACUGGUGAAAAACCUUAUAAAUGCGUUGUCUGUGAAAAAACAUUCAGUCAACAAACUCAUCUCAAGAACCAUGCACGUAUUCAUACCGGCGAGAAACCGUUUAAAUGCGAUGUCUGUGAAAAAAACGUUUGGUAG